AUAACCCGAGGCCCGGCGGUGUCCAAUCGGGUGCCGAAGGCGGUGUCUGACUCAGGAAGUCAUUUACAUAAUGGCGUUGUUGGCCCUCCUAUUGGCGCGUCAUGCUUGGUGGGAGGAGCUUACGGAGCCGGUGGAGAAGGAGACAGGUGUUUGUUUGUUUGUUUCCACCCCAACGAAGCGUUUAACGUUGCGUGUACAAACAAACAAACAAACAAACAAACGUCCGGUGUUUAUAACGUUUAAAUAGUCAUAUCUACAAAAAUUAAUUUCAUUUAAAAAUAUUUAAUAACAAACACUUUUCGCAUAAUUUUGCAUUGCCCUUCUUGGGCAACUUUAUCACGUGAUUCACACGUGUUUACGUUUCCACGUGUGACGACGUUCUGGCAUUUUCAAACGCGGUGCAUGUCUUUCUUUUUUUUUUUCUUUUUAAACCUUAAACUAUAUUUAGAGCACAUUAGCUAUAUUAUAAAUAAGCUUUAAUUAUACGUACCCAAUUUAAAAAUAAAUAAUAAUUAAAUAAACGUUAUUUUUCUGUAUAGAAUGUUACUAUUUUAUAACAAGUCCGAACAGCUGUGUGAGAUCACGUCCUUGUUUUUAGACAAGCAGGUGAGCCUGUUAAUAAAAUUGCACUAGCGCCCUCUUGUGGUCAACACCAGCAACAACACCAACACCUAACAUCCCCAAACACCCAUGUGGAAACGUCAUCAUGCCACGUGUUUGAAACGUUUGUUUGUUUGUUUGUUUGUUUUGUGUGUUUUUUUUUGUUGUUAAAUUUGUACAGAAGGGGUUCGCAGUAAAAUACACGUUUUGGUGUUUUCCUGCUUCCAGGUUACCUGAUGGGUUAAAGAGGCCCCUGGCUACAAAAACACUGAUCUAAAUGAAAAGCGGAGGUUAAAAACACCAGCAUGUGCAAGAUGGAGGUGCUCCAGGACCAAGAUUGAGAAAGUGCCUCUCUAAUUUAAACACCAAAAAAAUUAAUUUCAUUAAAAGUUACACCGAUCAGCCAUACCAUUAAAACCACCCGCCUAAUAUUGUGUAGGUCUCCCUUGCUUGUGCCACCAAAACAGCUCUGAUCCGUCGAGACACGGACUCCACAAGAGUCCCUGAAGGUGUGCUGUGGGAUCCGGCCCCAAGGCAUUAUCAGCAGGUCCUUUAAGUCCUGUAAGUUGCGUGGUGGGACCUCCGUGGAUCGGACUUGUUCGAUCGGAACGUCCUACAGACGCUCGAUCGGAUCGAGAUCUGAGGAAUUCGGAGGCCGAGUCAACACUUUGAACUCUUUCAUGUUCCUCAAACCGCUCCUGAACCGUUGUUGCAGCGUCUCAGGGCGAAAUAUCCUGCUGAAAGAUCCACUGCUAUUAGGGAAUGCCGGGUGUACUUGUUUAGGAAGGCCCAAAAACAUGUGAAAGUUCACCGUCAGCCUAGCCUAAGGACCAGCACAUUAUGUGAGUCCCCACACGCCAAGUUAUGCCUAAUGGAUUAAUAUUCGUGCUCACCGUGUUGUGGAUCUUUCUGUGGAGUGUAUUGCCCCUGACAUUGGCACAUGGAUUUCAAGACCUCAAAAGAAGAGACAAAGACGGGGAUUUAUCUGCUGCAAGAUGGUAACGAAGAGCCCUUCAAUAUCCGACUGCACUUGUCCAAAGACAUUCUAACCAUUCAAGAGCAAGACGUUAUUUGCGUUUCUGGGGAACCGUUCUACUCGAGUGAAAGGACCGUAACGAUACGACGGCAGACAAUUGGAGGAUUUGGUUUAAGUAUAAAGGGUGGCGCGGAACACAAGAUCCCGAUUGUGAUUUCGAAAAUAUCGAAAGAGCAGAGGGCCGAGCUCUCUGGUCUUCUGUUCAUAGGAGAUGGGAUUCUCCAGAUAAAUGGGAUAAAUGUCAGAAGCUAUCGCCAUGAAGAAGUUGUUCAGGUUCUACGGAAUGCUGGGGAAGAAGUAACCCUGACCGUGUCUUUCCUGAAAAGGACGCCCGCCUUUUUAAAGCUGCCGCUCUGUGAAGACUGCACAUGUGUACCAAGUGACCAGAGCAGUGGGACAUCGUCUCCACUGUGCGACAGUGGCCUACAUCUGAACUAUCACCCUAACAAUACGGACACGUUGUCUUGCUCGUCUUGGCCUAUGUCUCCAGCGCUACGUUGGGAGAAGCGAUGGGUGGACCUACGCCUUAUCCCGCUCCUCCACGCUCGUCUCUCACAGUACAUCCCCGGCUCUGAUAUCUGCAGGCAAAAUGCGUUUCAGGUCAUCGCAGUGGAUGGGGUUUGCAGCGGGAUAAUUCAGUGUCCUAGUGCAGAAGAGUGCACCGACUGGCUUCAAGCAAUAGCGUCCAAUAUAUCUGCUCUCACGAAGCACAAUGUGAAGAAGAUUAACAGAAACUUUCCUGUAAAUCAGCAGAUUAUUUACAUGGGCUGGGUGGAUGAGAAGGAGCAGGACUCUGUUCAGGACCGCAUGUACACUCCAAAGUUCCUGGCGUUAAGAGGCUCAUCUCUUUUCAAAUUCUCAGCACCUCCAGUAACGACCUGGGACUGGACCAGAGCUGAACAAAGCUUUACUGUCUAUGAGAUCAUGUCCAAGAUCCUUAAGGACAGCGAGCUGCUGGACAAGCGACGGCAGUGUUUCAGCGUGCAGAUGGAUACGGGCGAGGACACCGUGUUCAGUGUGGAGCUGGAGAGUGAUCUUGGGCUCUGGGAGAAGGCUUUUCAGAUGGCCACCUUUCUCGAAGUGGAAAGAAUACAGAGUAAAACGUACGCCUGCAUCACAGAGAGCCACCUGAUGGGGCUUACCAUAGACUUCAGCAUGGGCUUCGUCUGCUUUGACGCAGCAUCGAAGGUUGUGCUGUGGCGGUACAAAUUCUCCCAGCUGAAAGGAUCCUCGGAUGACGGCAAGAGCAAAAUCAAGUUUCUCUUCCAGAACCCAGACACGAAGCUCAUCGAGGCGAAGGAGCUGGAAUUCUCCAACCUUUUCGCUGUUCUGCACUGCAUCCAUGCGUUUUUCGCUGCCAAAGUGGCAUGUCUGGAUCCAAUGUUUGUGGGCAGUCCGAAUUCUGCGGCAGCUACGGCGGCACCCACGCUGACCUCAGUCACCUCUCUGGGCCAAGCUGCCAGGUUGAAGUACUUGAGUUGAACGACUCUUGACAUUUUCAGCUCCGGAUUUACAAACGGGACAGCCUGCGACGGCGGCAGAAGAAUUUUAGAAGCCGUAACUCAUUUCCUUAUUGGACUACAUUUAAAAAAAAGCCUGCUUAUAUUGGGCCAAAGACUGAAAUAAGUCAGAUUAUAUUUUGAAUAUGGAGUGCCGGUGUGUAUGUGUAUGUUUGGUUGGCAUUUCCUAACCGCGUGUACUUUUAAAACUUUCUUUCAACCCCUUUGAAUUAGUUUUUGAAUACUAGGCGCCAUCAGAUAUACUCAGUGAUAAAACGUAUAACACCACAUUUUGAUUAUUUGAUCACUUUACAGUGCUGUGCGUAAGUAUUCACCCCCUUGAACCUGCCCACAUUUUGUAGCAGGAUCUGUAAUGGACCUAGAAGGUGCAAAUUAUUAUUUUUUUUUUGCUCAAUUAAACAAAGAAAGCAAACAUUUGUUAGUUGGAUAAAUAUUCACCCCUGUCUUUAUCAGCUUUGUGGAUCUGCCCAUUCUUCUUGGCAAAAAUUGCUUAUGAUUUAAAAACAAAAAAAACAAAAAAGCCUCUCAACAACACAGUGUUACCACCACCAUGCUUCUCUGUGGGGGAUGGUGUUCUCAGGGUGAUGAGCAGUGUUUCGUUUUUGACAAUUUUAUACUAAAAUCACGUGGCACUUUACUUGCACAAAGGCAGACUCCAUUCGACUAAUUAUGUGACUUCUGAUGGCAACUGAUCGUACCAGAACUACAACCCCAAAUCCAAAAAAGUUGGGACGCUGUGUAAAAUGUCAAUAAAAAAAAUCUCAUAAGCCCGUAUGUUAUUCACAAUAGAACGUAGAAAACAUAUCAAAUGUUUAAAUUUUAAGAAAAGAAAAAAAAAUCAAUACUGAAAGAUAUAUACAGGUUUUAGAGCAACAUAUGCUUCCAUCCAGAUUCCAUUUCUGGCAUUUGGCAGACGCCCUUUUCCAGAGCGGCUUACGUUUCUCUAAUUUAUACAACUGAACAUUUGAGGGUUAAGGACCUUGCUCAAGGGUCCAGCAGUGGCAGCGCUAGGAUUUGAACUCACAAACUUCCAAUCAGUAGUCCAACGUCUUAACUACUGAGCUACCUCUGACCCAAGAUUCUAUCUCAUCUUUACUUCUGAGAGACUCCGCCUCUCUAAGAUACUUUUUUAUUUUUACUCAAUCAUGUUACUGACCUCUUGCCAAUUAACCUAAUUAGUUGCAAAAUGUUCCUCCAACAGCUUCUUUUUUUUUUUUACCAACACUUACUUUUCCAGCCGUUUGUUUCCCUGUCCCAACUUUUUUGAGACGUGUUGCGACCAUCAAAUCCAAAAUUACCUUAUUUCUCCCUUAAAACUGUACGUUUCCUCAGUUUAAACAUUUUGAUAUGAUUUCCAUGUUCUAUUGUGAGUAACAUGGGUUUAUGGGAUUAGCAAAAUCAUUGCGUUCUGGUUUUUUUCUACAUUUUACACAGCAUCCCAACUUUUUUGGAAUUGGGGUCGUAAUUUAAGGGUGAAUAAUUUUUGCAAUCACGACCUGUACGGUUUUUAUUUAACUAUAUUAACUUUCCCCUCCAAGUCAGUAGUAUUAAACUUUUGUUCCAGAGGGUUUGAGACAGGCGAAUACUCACGCAAGGCACUGUAUUUUAUAUUUACAAAGCGUAGUUUGUACACAAUCAUAUAAGGCAGAAAGGAUUCAAAGAGACUCCUGAAUAAUAAUUUCCUAUCAAUUACCUGGAAUACAGACCGAGCAGAGUACUAUAACCCAAUGUACAAAGCCUCUACCCAAUUUUAUAAUAAUGCUCUGUACACACUGGUUCUUGUCCUUAUGAUUUGUCAUUUCGAGCAUGAUGCUAUCAUAAGAAGUAAACAAGAAUAUUAUAACAAGCAGAGUAUGUAGCGUAGCCCAAAGCAUUCGAUCUCAACACACGCGAUUCUCUGUGUAUUAGAUCUUUGUUUUUAGUUUGAGUACUCUGUUAGACUGAAAAACAGUAUGAGUAAACGUACAGUAGUGUAGCGUGAGAUUAAAACGGCGCUUUUUGUUUUGUUGUAUUUCACUACUUUGGGUUUGCUGUUUCUUUCUCUAGUGAGAUGCUUAAAAAAAAAAAAACAACAACAACCCAAAAACCAAUCUAAUAUUCAAUACCAUAUCAUUGCAGUGCACUUUAGUCCAGAAAUUUACCCAAGCUUUUUUUUUUUUCCUUCUUAUUUUCUUUUACUCUUUUGGAGUUAGUUGAGAACGUUGGUGGAAUACUGAAGGUUAGAUCAAUUUUUCUGAAGUGCCCAAGCACUUUGAGACCGAUUACUUUGUUGAGGUGUUGCGCAAGACUGUGAAAACUAAAACGAAGAAAGCAAACGAAUUUGAGACAAUUUAAGCUUCUCUACACAUGGAAAUAUUUCUGCGCACCACCGAAACAGCGACAGAGGUUUUAAACUGAACCUUUUAUUUUUGCCAACUGCUGAUUGUUUUAAUAAUAAUAAUUAAAAAAAAGAUGUAUACUUAAUAAAACUUUUCCCAUAAAAUGGUUGGUCAUAUAUGUAUAUAUAAUACUAUAAUAGAUUUGCUUUGUGGUCGGUGAAGCUUUUGGUGAAGUAUCCACCAUCAUAUCCAUUUGCAUUACAUUUUAACGUUUGUAAUUAUGCUGUUUUAUGAUUCAUAUGCUGGAUAUGAAUCUGGUUUGCUAAUUAUAGUAAUCUGCAGAAUUACUCGCACCAUUGGUAAUGAUUGGUAUAAAGAAUAUGGGAAUGUCUUGGUGACUAUUUAGUUUAAUCUCACCCUGAUAAACUCCCUGUUACUGAACUGAAAAGCCUAUUUAUAAUACAUUAUUGGCACACCUACAGUAGACCUUCUUAUUAACAGAGUGUAACUGAAGCAUGCUUCCAUUUCUAUUCUACAUUUCACUCGACAGUGUAGGAAAUCUUAAGCAGUCAUACAUGACUUUCUGUUUCACUUGGGUAGAAAUAUGAGGCGACAGAGGCCAAGUUCCCUUCAUUCAUCAACUGGAGAAGAUUCGAGAAUACACAAAUUAAAUGAGGCAGAGGUGUGUUGACCUUUUAGGAACUGACUAUGGGCCUGAAAAUCUGCUUACAGGGCAAGAAUUACGUCCCAGAGUGGUCCCAACUUGGUAUUUUAUGUCAAUGCAGAGAGAGGAAGAUGAUUAGAAUGGUAAUGGUUUCCCCAAGAGAUCUCGGUUUAGCGACUCUGGGUCACCAAAUCUAGAAAGCUAUUAUUAGACACCACUUACUGUACAUACUAUCAAACUAUUUAGAAGGGGUGCCAGAAGAAACACUUUCCCAUCCAAACAUACAUAUAUGAGCGUGAAGUUUGCUAAACACUACUGGGUUCUAUAGUCCAUCCAUCCAUCUUCUAUACCGCUUAUCCAUCCUUCAGGGUCAUGGGGGAACUUGGAGCCUAUCCCAGGGAGCAUCGGGCACAAGCCGGGGUACACCCUGGACAGGGUGCCAAUCCAUCGCAGGGCACAAUCACAUACACACUCACACACCCAUUCAUACACUACGGACAUUUUGGACAUGCCAAUCAGCCUACCACGCAUGUCUUUGGACCGGGGGAGGAAAUCGGAGUACCCGGAGGAAACCCCCGCAGCACAGGGAGAACAUACAAACUCCGCACACACAGGGCCACGGUGGGAAUCGAACCCCUGACCCUGGAGGUGUGAGGCUUACCACUAAGCCACCGUGCACCCUGGGUUCUAUAGUCAGAUGAGAAAAAAAUAUAUAUAGCGCUCAAACUGGGAUUAGAAAAGAAU